AUGGAUUUCCCGUUUCCCCCGGGGUCAGCUCAAAGGAAUGCUAAUGACGAAAUUUUUCCUUUGGCUUCGGAGAUCGAUGACGGCGCUGGGAUAUGGAGCCCAUGGCCAUAUCUCAACGGCGACCCUCAGCAACAGCAGCGACCUCUGCCAUACCAACACCCAGGGCAGUUUCCGCGGCCCCAACACUUCUCCGAAUUUCUCUCGGUAGGCCCGGGGAUGAGCAGCUUGCGUGUCCCUUCGGCAAUGACCCGAGAGAACUCCCAUAUGUCGACAAUGAGUGCCGUCAGUGGACUAGCGUCUCUUGACAGUCAGAGUCCAUACCACCAGCCCGAGAUCCAGGGGCAAGCCCGAUCGGAUAUUCCACACAGCUCGCUUCCUUUCAAUACCAGUUUUGGUGCCAGUAUCCCGUCCCAAAAUCUGCGGGCUCGACUGAAUAAAAUCCUCGAGGAUACCUCCCCUUUCCAUGAUACCAUCCUGGUUUCUAGCGGGUUAGAUCAGCAGCUGCUUCGACUGUUCGAUGAAGGGGCGUCCAUACUUCGGAAACUGACCCAACCUGAUGUGGGACAGGAGUCAGCUCUGAAAAGACAAGACUCCCAGACAAAGAAGCACCGAUGUAUUGUUUGUGGUUCCACGCAGACGUACAAAAGCAGGGGCACGGUUAAAAGGCACCUCCUGGUGCACUUUCCGGAAAUCGAAUUCCACUGUGGAUUUUGCCCUAAACCAGCCGCACCGGAGGCAUGGCAGUAUAGGAGGGACAAGUUCUAUGGCCAUAUGGCGAAUAAACACGGGAAGCGAAUCUCUAACGCCGACGCUUAUAUCCAGACACAGCGGGUGCCAAGCGAAUGCCCCUUGUCAACAUGUAGGGCGGCCAUAGCUUCAUGGGAAGAGUUCUGGAAGCACUUUUGUCAGCAUUGUGAGAUACCCGAAGAGGAGGAGGAUCAAGCCCAAGGCCGCGGUGGUGGAGGGCACGGCAACGGAGACCGAAACAACGGACGCGGUGGUCACCAGUUCCAACCGUCGCCGAAUAACGGUGACUUUGGGAGUUCAUUCGGCAACAUCCAGCCUGAUUAUCAUGGCGGCAACGGUGGUAGUGGAAACGGAGGUAUGGGCUGUGGAGACGGAUCUCACUGGGGAUAUGCCUGCAAUACCGCUGACAGCUCGAGUACACCCGCCGACGUCCUGAACUCCCCCCAAUCUCCCGAACCCGAGGGCUCCUCUGUACCAGCUUUGACCUCUCGUCCCAGACCUCUGAGCAUUCGAAAAGGGCAGGAGAGACCUCAUAUGAGCAUUGAUACUGCUCCUGAAACUGCACGACCGACAGAAGCUUCCAAAAAGCUCGGGAACAUAUCGCCUAGAGCUGAGCUGGACCAAGAUCGUGACGACUCGCCAGUAAAAGAAACCGACGAUGGAGAAUGUGUCUGCGGAUCUUGCAAGCAUACCAUUUCUGGGUGUUCCAGAUGUGCUCAGUUCGUUGCGGCUCCGAUCAAAUGUCAUCAGUGCGCAGACAGAAGUUGCGAAAAAGCACACACUGGCAGUAAUGCCGCUGGUAUUUGUCUGUCGGGUAUGCCUGGCUGCAGCUUUCCUUGGGAUAUCACUCGGCAGGACGGGGGCAAGAACCUCAUGACGUUCAGCAAUGCGGAGUUCACGAAAGCUCGCAAAGUGGUAUCCAAAUGCUCAGCCUCUUUGACUGACGACAUCGAGUACACCGAGAUCAGUGAAAUGGUGUUUUCUCUCCAGAUCCACGGCUCGAACAUCAAACGAGGUACCGGAACUAGCGAGGAGGAUCCGGCUUCCCUUCAGGAAGUAGAGUCACCAACCGAUACAGACUUCCCACCUGGACUCUAUUUCGAGAGAUAUCUAUACACCACACAAUCCCAAGGGUCCUUUCUCCAAUAUGUCCACGAGACUCUGAUUUUCCCAGAGCCUCACAGGUUCAUUGUUUCCUCGUUUCAAGAAAUAGUGUAUCAGGAAGCCUCUAUGGGAUCGGGUAAGCAGCUGGAGAUCCCAGGGGAGCAGCUAUUUUACCUUGCUCGCGAGAAAGACCAUGAAUCUUCAGAGGCAAACCUCCAGAUGGCCCGUCAGUCUUCGCCGAAGCGACGAGCGCAUUUGAGGGUGCGCGUCCGGGUGAUUGCAGGUGUACUCGCCCUUCGCGCCGCGGUCUCAAAAUCACCUCCUGUGGCUGGCAAUAUUGAGGCGGGGGAUGGAUGGGAGCUUGGGAUUCCCCUGCGGGCUUUACUCCCAACUCGCGAUAAGAUGAUGAUGGGAGUGACUUAUGUGGUGUAUUUCCUGUCAUUCUGCCUAGGACUCACUGAUCCACACAUCUACCUGAGUACUUGGGCAGACAGCGACUGGGAUGGAUUGAUGUUGACCUGA